CCGGUGGACAGCACCGUCGUCGCAGGCUCGUGUCCCAUCUGUCGCUCGCUUCUGAUUCAGAAGUGCAUCGGCUGCUCGUCUCGUCCAGCCUCGGGCUCGCCGUGCACGCUCAGCUUUGGCACGACAAAGAUACAAUCGGCUUUCCACUGGUCGCACCGUUCCUUGACACCGCUGUUGAUUGUAGGAGUCUGCGGCUGCGUGUAUCAUCACCACUGCCUGGGUGAGUGGCACCGCCGGAGCUUCACCUGCCCCCUCCAUGAGGUGCAGUGGCAAGAG